AAGCAACUAUUUACUACAGAUAAUAGGCGAGAAUGAAGUGGAUAUACAGAAAAAAAUCUCAAAGUCAGUGUCCACUCCACUCACUAUUUCCACCACGCGCUGCGGCCCGUCGCUCGCUACCUCCACCACUUCCCCGUGCCCGACUCCACACUCCACUCCAUGCAUCGCACUCCUUCCCUCCCAUCCCUGCACCAUCGCACCCCCAAAUGGCCGCCGUCCUCGUCGCCCUCCUCUUCCUGCCGCCCACCGCCGCCUUCACCCCGUCCUUCUCCUACUUCCUCGCCUGCGGCGCCGCCUCCAACGUCUCCUCCCCGCCGCUCACGUUCGUCCCGGACGCUCCCUUCCUCUCCCCCGCCGCGGGCGUGCCGGCGGUGACGACCUCCGCCUCCAACGCAGCCUCCCCUCUCUACGCUGCCGCGCGCGCGUCCGGCUCGGGGUUCUCGUACCGGUUCUCCGACCACCCGGACGUCUCCGGCACGCCCAACGCGGUCCGCGUCCUCCGCCUCCACUUCUUCCCCUUCGCCGCUUCCAAUCUCUUGUCGGCGCGCUUCUCCGUCUCUGUUCGCGAUGCCUACACCGUACUUUCGUCCUUCUCGCCGCCGGGCGACGGCGUCGUCAAGGAGUACUUCGUCCCUGCGGACGGCUCGGGCGAAUUCCGCGUCGCGUUCACGCCGGACGCCGGCUCCACCGCAUUCGUCAGCGCAAUCGAGCUGUUCGCAGCUCCGCCGGAGCUGCUGUGGAGAUUCUCGGUCACGCCGGUGGGCGCCCUGGGGAACGCGGACAUCAGCCCGUGGUCGCAGCACGCGCUGGAGACGGUGUAUCGCCUGAACGUGGGGGGCUCCAAGGUGCCCACGGCGAACGACACGCUGUGGCGGACGUGGCUCCCCGACGACGCCUUCCUCCUCCCCAACUCCGAUAGGCUCUCGGUGGUGAACAAAACCUCCUCUCCGAUCGUCUACAACCCGUCGAGCGGAUUCACGAGGGAGGUGGCGCCGGACAGCGUGUACAGCACGCAACGCGCCAUGAACAUGAUAGGCCAGGAAAUCAACGUCACUCCGGGGCCUUUCAACCUGACAUGGACCUUUGCGCUGCCGGCGCCGGAGCCGGGGUCGGCCGGGGCCGACUACCUCGUCCGCCUCCAUUGGUGCGACUACUCGGUGGUGAGUUCCGUUCCAGGAUCCGCCGUUGUCUUCAACGCCUACAUCGCGCAGGCCCUUGCUACCAAAGACGUCUUGUCACAACACCUAGCGAAUCAACCAAACGAGGCAUUUUACCUGGACUACGCGGCCAUGGCACCUGCCGCCGGGAACCUCACCGUCAGCAUCGGCACGACGAAACCGCAGUCUGAAGGUGGCAUGCUGAAUGGGCUGGAGAUCAUGAAGCUGCGACGCGCCGAUUCGAGCUCGGCCGGAUCGCACGUGAGAAGGAAGAAGAUUCUCAUCGGCACGCUCUCGGCGGCGCUCGGCGUCGCUGUUCUAGCUUGCGCGCUGCUGUGCUUGCUCGCCGCGCUGCGCAGGCGAAGACAGGCGGCGCAACCGGCGCCGGAGGAGAAGGAGAGCACGCAACUGCCGUGGUCGCAGCACACGCAGGACGGCUCCAGCUGGCUUGACAUGUCGAACCCUUCCGCCGCGGGCACGACCGGCAGGCUGCAGAGGAUGAGCAUGCAGCUGGAUAUCUCGCUGGCAGAGAUCACGGCGGCAACGGACAACUUCCACGAGCGCAACCUCAUCGGCGUCGGCGGGUUCGGGAACGUGUACCGCGGCGUGCUCCGCGACGGCACCCGCGUGGCGGUGAAGCGCGCAACGCGAGCGUCGAAGCAGGGCCUGCCUGAGUUCCAGACGGAGAUCGAGGUGCUGUCCCGCAUCCGGCACCGCCACCUGGUCUCCCUCAUCGGCUACUGCAACGAGCAGUCGGAGAUGAUACUGGUGUACGAGUUCAUGGAGAAGGGCACGCUGAGGAGCCACCUCUACGGGUCGGAGGAGCCACCGCUGUCGUGGAAGCAGCGGCUGGAGAUCUGCAUCGGCGCGGCGAGGGGGCUGCACUACCUGCACACCGGCUACUCCGAGAACAUCAUCCACCGCGACGUCAAGUCCACCAACAUCCUCCUCGGCGACGGCUUCAUCGCCAAGGUGGCGGACUUCGGGCUGUCGCGGAUCGGGCCGUCGUUCGGGGAGACGCACGUGAGCACGGCGGUGAAGGGCAGCUUCGGGUACCUCGACCCGGAGUACUUCAAGACGCAGCAGCUGACGGACCGGUCCGACGUCUACUCCUUCGGCGUCGUGCUGUUCGAGGUGCUCUGCGCGCGGCCGGUGAUCGACCAGAGCCUGGAGCGCGACCAGAUCAACCUCGCCGAGUGGGCGGUGAGCCUGCAGCAGAAGGGGCAGCUCGACAAGAUCGCCGACCCGAGGAUCGCCGGGCAGGUGAACGUCAACUCGCUGCGCAAGUUCGCCGAGACCGCGGAGAAGUGCCUGGCGGACUACGGCCUGGACCGGCCGUCCAUGGGCGACGUGCUGUGGAACCUCGAGUACUGCCUGCAGCUGCAGGAGACGCACGUCAAGAGGGACGCGUUCGAGGACAGCGGCGCCGUCGCCACGCAGUUCCCCGCCGACGUGGUCGUGCCGCGCUGGGUGCCGUCGUCGACGACCUUCCUGAUGGAUGACGCCGACGAGAGCAUGACCGACACGGGCGUCGCCAACAGCAAGGCGUUCUCGCAGCUCAGCGCCGGCGAUGGCCGAUGAUCAUCGAUCACUCCGAGCAGUUUGUAAUCAUACUUUUUUUUCCUGUUGCCGUUUUCUUCUCUGAAUCUGAAAACGAUGCAUGUUGCAGCAACGAUAAACUUCAGAAAAGUUUAACAACAUAAAUGUUUUACCGUAAUUCGCAGCAAAUAACCUGCAAAUUCAUUCGUUUCGUAAGUUCGUGAGUAACAAGAUGACUUGACAGAUUAUCAACUGAUCAUUUUAUAUGU